AUGUCAGGCUUAGAGAACUCGCUAUUCCAAUUGAAGUUCACGUCGAAACAGCUCAACCGACAGGCUGCCAAGGCUGGAAAGGAGGAAGAGGGAGAGAAGAAGCGGGUGAAGAAGGCGCUACUCCAGGGGAACAACGACAUUGCGCAGAUCUACGCCCAGAAUGCAAUACGGAAAAGCCAGGAACGCAUUAACCUCCUCCGGCUUUCGUCGAGAAUCGACGCGGUGGCGUCGAGGAUACAGACAGCAGUAACGAUGCGGGGGGUCACCAAGAACAUGUCUUUUGUGGUGAAGGGCAUGGACAAGGCCAUGGAGAGCAUGAACUUGGAGCAGAUCACGCGGGUUAUGGACAAGUUCGAGGACCAAUUCGAGGAUUUGGAGAGCUCCACAAACUAUUACGAAAACGUCUCUAACCAGAUGAGCGUCAGCUCUCAGCCGCAGGGCGAGGUCGACCUUUUGAUGCAGCAGAUGGCGGACGAGGCCGGCAUCGAGAUGAAGCACAAAAUCGGCGAGGCCAAGGUCGAAGGCUUGCAGACCCCUCAGUCUGGUGUUGCUGCCGCCAAUCCAUCCAACAGGGUCGAAGAGGACCGUUUGAACGAGCGUCUCCGGGCCCUCCGUAACUAG